AUGCCGCUCAGAACAAUUUCGAUCAAGAAAAUUGCAAAGCGAAAGGCCGUUUUUCUUCUCCUGAUUUCCAAUGUAUUUUUCUUCGCAAUUCCUCUUUAUUUCCUUGUAAUUGGUUUCUGGGAAAUCAACAGUUGCCCCGGCAGCCCAUAUCUUCCACCAUGGAUGAUUAUCGUCGCAUUGCUCAUCGUAAUUGAUCGAUUGAUUUUCUGGAGACGUCUUGUAAAUGAAACAAAGUUCGAGAAGACGUUUCCAAGACCAAGUCUCAUUGGAAGUGUAGAACGGAUUAAGACCUGGGAAGAGAAUCGAGUUUGGAGCUCAUCGAGAACACUUUUGGGAUUGAUGGCAGCAGUGAGAGUGGCGAUUUUUCGCACUCAUAGGAAAACUGUGGAGUUUUGA